AUGCCACUGCAAAAAACUGUGUCCUUCAAGCUUCAAGUGAAGAAUGAUGCAUCGCCUUUUACUCGUGCUCUUGAGGAGUAUAUCAAGCGGAGGAGAAAGAAGAGCAAGACCUCUCAAUUGAUCACCGACCUGCAAAGUUCACCAAAGCCUCCUUCCAAGCAAGAUGUCAACAACGCUUUAAAGCAGCUCGAAAAAGAGACCACAGAUUCUGCAGUAACGCGGAACAUCAGAAAAGUGUUAAGGCCGGUGAUUACAGUUCUUGCUGAUUAUUCGGGUGUGGUUGAUACUAUGAGUUUUGGGUUCGAGUGGACAAAGAAUGUCAUCGAUGCGAAUGGGCAGAGCAUUGUCUUCAUACAGUAUUCAAAACUAGAUGCAAUUGUUAAGGACAUUGAAAAGAAUGCUUAUCGGGUUAGUCAAUUAGUUCCUGUUGUACAAGAACGUGUUCAAAAGGGUGAGCGGGAGGAUGCAGCAGAAGAGAGGCGUUUGGCAGGUAUCGCUCGAGACCAACAAAGUGCAUUCAUCGAGCAACAACUAGAGGAGAUGAAGCUGAGAGCCAUUGCAAGGAAAAGUGGGCGUCAGAAAGACGUGAGAAAUUGGUUACAAGCUCAUUCAACUCUUAAUGAAAGCAAUUUCCGCCGUCAGGAACAGUAUCUGAGGAAACGAAGCCCUGAUACAUGCUCCUGGCUCUUUUCUCAUGAUGAGGCGGUGCCCGGAGCAGGAAAAUCAGUUCUAACCGCCUUCGCACAAAGCACAUUUCAAAUCAAUUCAUCUUUGUGCUCCUUACAUCAGUAUAAUUCAUUUGAUGAAACAUUCUCAUCUCUUCAAGUCUAUUGCGCUAUAGCCGAGCAGCUCGCCAAUCGCUUAUGGACGCAUCUCGAAGACAUGCCUGAAGACAUCCAUGCUUUCACACAGCGAACAAGUACGGUUUUUAUGAUCGGAGACGUGAAAGCCUUUAUUCGCAUGUGUUUAAGUCGUCUCCCUCCAUCUUAUUUGUUUCUCGAUGGUGUGGAUGAGGAAUGCGACUCUGGCCCUCGAUGGGAAGCUUUGUGGGACGCUUUGACUUUUUUCAUCGAGCUCACGCGUGAUAAAUCCUAUCAAUUCAAGCUAUGGUGCAGUAUUCAGGAUCGGAUCGAUCUUAGAAAGCUUCUGAAAGACUAUGCAGCCAUCGAGGUUACUAAGGACAUAAACAGUGCUGAUAUUGAGCUUUAUCUGUCGAAAUCAAUCUUGAAGCUCGAUAGUCUAGAUCUUGAUGAGGGAUAUCAAAAUCUGAUACUACGGGACCUUCGCAAGAAAGCGGAUGGAUGCUUCUUAUGGGCAUCACUUAUGUUAGACUCUGUUUCUAGUGCGGUAACGCUGUCUGCUGUGCAAUGUCAAGUUCAAGAAGGCUUACCCAAAGACUAUGAGAACUACUACCAGAAUAAAAUAGACAAAAUCGAGGCAUCACAAAAAUCUUUCGUUUCCAAAAUACUAGCAUGUAUUGUCUAUGCACGACGGCCGCUACGACUGGACGAGCUAUGCGAAUCUAUUGCGAUUCUCGACGCGUCCGAUUGUGACAAUGUUGAUAAGUCACAGAGAUUAUUUCGGAGCAUGGCUUUGAAGUUGUGCGAGCCUCUGGUCCAAAUCGAGGACCUUGAUACCGCACAUGGCAAAAUCUCAACAUGUACUCUCACUCACGGUUCUGUUCGACAGUUUCUCGUGAAACAUCCACAAUGUCUGAGUAAAUCAGAGACAUUAGCAUGUGAGAUUACAGAGGAAGUCAUGGCCAAUGUUUGCCUGAAAUAUCUCUGGCAAUCACGUUACCAGCGGCUAUUAAUCCAAUCCAAGGAUACCUUCGAGGAUUAUACAGGCGAGGACGUAAUGGAACACUAUUUGCUCUCUUAUGCUGCGAAGUAUUGGGACAAGCAUCUCGAUGGAGUUACAUAUACUCUUGAAAUAUGCUCGAGAGUACAGAGCUUCAUCACUUCGCCACAGUUCUUCACAUGCCUGCAGGUUCAAAGUUUGUUCAUUGGAGGACAAUUCCAAUUUUGGCUCGAAUCCAACAGAACCUGGACAGGGCCACAUUUAAAACGUGUAUUCCCAGCCUGGCUUUCUAGUAAUUGUGACAAGAAGCUGGAAAUCAAGUACAGCGACUUUGUUGGUGAAUGGAAUCAUGUUUUGGAUAGAGUUACGAAUCUGGGAGGCAGGUACCCUGGUGAAGUUGAUCGGGUCUUUUGGACUUCUAUGGGUCCUAAGAACUUCUUGCAGCAUGGUCAAAGUCGUUACAAAAACUUUACAUUUCAGACUACGAAUGAAGAGCCGGAUCUAGAAACACCAUCUCGAUACUAUGAUGGGAUUGAUCUCACGGGUCAAAAUAUAGUGGUAUUGAAGAUAGAGAAUCUGGGAGGCGGCUCCGAAGAUCUUGAAUUUACUUGUCAACAAUGGACACUUGGUACCCGUCGUCCCAAGCUUAGAUUAUCACAAAAACUCAAUGCAUCUCGCAUGAACUGGUGUCUGUAUGAUCAUCCGGUCAGCAAAAUGGCGCUUGCGUGCCCUAUUCCAGUUUCUCUGACCCCGGAUCUUCAAUUUUUGCGAAUUGGUUCACAGCUAUUUGCUAAACAAAAUGACGAAUAUACAGCUAUUAAAAUCUUCGAGGAAGAAGUAUAUUUCGAGGACAUUGCGAACUCUGGACCGUAUAUCGCCAUAGCCUCGAGACAAAUUUUGACACAGGAGGAUCUUAUUGACGUAACAUCAACAGACGAUCUCACGCUUGAUUAUGGAGAAUGUAUAGCUCAGAAAAUAAUUCAACAGCUAGCCAAAGGGCAGGAACAAGAUGUGGAUAAGUCCUCAACUUCCACAACUACCACUACCGAAAAAUCGCGAUCAAGUCGGUCUAGCUCUUCGUCAAGCAACAGUUCUGUUCUGUCACUUGUAAUCGAAGAUAACGUCGAUACUGAUAGACAAAAAUAUGAGAGAAUCACUAUUGAAGAGUUUGAUGAUCUAGUGGACGCUUCUGAUAUCAGUUCUGACUGCGAUUCGAAUGAAUUAGACGACGAUGAUCAAUGGAACCAUUGGGCUAACGAGCAAGUCGAUAUUGAAGAUAUCAAUAAGAGUUUCGAUGAUUCCGAUUAUCAAAGAUCUGAUGAUGGUGACGAUUCCGGCUCCAACAUUCCAGACGUUCCAGGUUACGACGAUCUCUCGGAUGAGUUCAAUGAAUCGGAGAGCGAAGAUCAAAUGGGGGGUAUUGGUAAAGAUUCCGAUAUUGAAAUGAUCUUAUCCGGAGCACCCGUAUACGUUCUAAAAAGUGCUCGUUUGGAAACAGAUUCCGAAGAUACAGAUGAGUCUGUAGCUAGUCAUUAUUCGCAAAGUCUUUAUAGUGGUUCGGAAAGCGGUGACAGCCAAGGUGAUAAAGAUAUCGUGGAUAAUGAAGAUGCACAUAAACUGGAAGCUCUCUACCUUGGGAAAAAAACCUGGGAAAAGAUGCGCCUCGCGUUUCAAUUCAGAUAA